CUCCUCUAGGUGUAAAUUGGUAGGCAGGAAGCUGUGGGCAGGGAGUCCGAGUGGAGAUGUGUUCUUUCGUGAGAGAGGGGUUACCUAAAGGGUUGGGGCACCCCAAGGGCUUAGGAACUUACAUUGAGCCAGGUGCAGCUUUCCCCUUAGAGAUGAGUGCAGCUGGAGGAAUGAGGGUGUCCGAGAGGAAAUGUCCCCAGAGUAUGGAGGUUGGUCUCACGGACAAAGGAAAGGAUGACUCAGGAGAGAGGGGGGUCCUCAUGGGAACAAAAUCUCCCACGGAGUUAGGGUUCAGAGUGGGAUUAGGAAAAGAAGAUUUCUCAUGUAGGGAGAGCCUCCUGGAUAGUAAUAAAUUUGAGGAGAGGAUAGCAUCACCAGAAACAAAAUCUCCAUUGAGCAAGGAGCUUGAAAUGAAAGUAAAAAUACAGAAUCUUUCUAGGACCCUCCCGGAGAAGAGUAAUUUAGGAGUCUAUGGGGUCUCAGCCUCCCAGGAAACAAAAUCUCUAAGUAUGUUACCAGGAAGAAUGGGCUUAGAAAAUGACUGUCUUCUGGCAGGGUGUUCUGGAAGGAUCAUACAGCCUCACUUGGGCAUGGUAUGCGAAAGUCCACAGGCUCUAGGGAGCAGGAGAGGUUCUGUGGCUGGUUCCUAUGGAGGGGUAAGGGCUUCACUGGGGAAGCAGCCUACUUUGGAUAUAGAACCUAGACAGGAACUGGGAAAAGAGACCUGUGUGGUGAUCAAGCCCAGUGCAGAGAUGAAGCCUCCUGUGGAGGUGGACACUGGUCUACCCAAACUAGAAGAGCCAGGGCCCCAAAUAGGCUUGGUGAUAGAACCUUCUGAGAGCCAGUUUGCCCAACAACCUGAAGAGAGAAAGGAGGCUGAAAACACUGAGCCAGGAAUAGAACCUCCAUAUCGCAUCAGACCCAUAUACUCUGGGAAAUUCUUUGAUCGGAUGCCUUGCUGGCCAACUGCAGGAAAAGUUAUUCCUGUUGGAGACAGAGUUGCAACCUGUUUGACUGAAAAACUUCCCAGGCUAAUUACUCCACCUGAGGCAAAAAAAUUUUUCAACUAUAGAUAUCCACCUGCUGGAGCUGAAAGAGUAUUUUAUGGUAGAGCAAAGGAUCCCCAAAUUGCUCCUUAUUUGACACAUGGAAUAAGAUCUAAAAUUUCAAUACCGGCAAAGGUAUUGAUCAACCCACAGCCUAUAACAACAUUUCAACAGAAACUUAAAGAUAAAAAGGAAUCAGUAUAUUUUAGCAAUCAACGGGCACCACUAGGAAAAUCUCAUGAUCAAAUGCCGGGAUUACCUAAAGGCCUGGAUGUGCUCAAUACAACAUUUGGGACAACAGUCAUCAGAGACUCACCUGCUAGAGAUGUGGUGAAUCCACCAAAAUCCUACAAAGAAGUAUUUAAGGAAGGAAAGGAAGGACAUGAUUUGUAUAUUGUUUCUCACAAUGAUUAUUAUGUGGGAGAAGCAAAGAAUCGAAAGUAUAACCCAUCAAGUUUCCAUAGGUUUAACUUGUAUGGGGUUCCAACACCACAUUUUAAUGAUGGAAGAGCCAUGGCAAAAACUUUAUAUUGGCUCCAUGAGCUACAAAUGAAAAAAGGAGCUAAGAUUGUAUCCAAAAGAGUUGAUGAUUUCAAAGAAAAGUUUCAGCAUAAACUUGGAAGAGUUUUAGACCCCAUUGCAGAAACAAUGAAUGUUCCCCCAGACCACACGUUUGGAGCUUGUCUCCGUGCUGAGGAGUAUGGAGCUGGUGAUCUCAUCCAUAACAGACUUCCGGGUGAAUAUCUUCGAGGCAAGGAUAGACAGAGAGCCCUGAUUGCAGCUGUGCGACAUCACUUGAAGAAAUUUAACUACCAAAACUUUGACACUUUGCUGGCAGCCUUCAGGCACUAUGAUAAGAAUGGAGAUGGGGUGAUAGAUAAAGCCGAGCUUCGGGAGGCUUGUGAACAGGUCAGCUUACACUUAGAUGAGAAGCUCCUGGACCAGCUCUUUGACUACUGUGAUGUGGAUAAUGAUGGGCAGAUUAACUACCUAGAAUUUGCAAAUUUUCUUAACUGGAAAGAUAGAAUGCCUCUUAAAGAGCAUGAAGAGAGGGUCAUUAUUAAAGGUAGAAAACCAGCUUGUGCAAAUCAUGAGACUAAUGUUGAAGAAUCUGAACCAAUUCUCCUGAUAAAGCCAGAAGAUAUUGUCUUAAAGGAACCAGGUUGCUCAGAAAAGACUCUCCGGACACUUGUGAGGCCAAGUGAUAAAGUUUCUAGUCACUAUAAGACAACUUCUUCUGAGAUCAAUGCGGUUGUAGGGGCUCUUCCUUCUACUUGUUAUCCCAUCUAUGGUGUUCCAACCAUUCGGUCUGAUAUUCCUGCCCCCCGAAUUCGUCGUGUCAGUGAUAGAACUAAUUAUGGCGAAGAGGGCAAUGCCUAUUCCUUACUACAUCCUACCAUCUUUGGCCAGAAAGGAGUGUUUGAAAGAGACUUCUUCAAGACCAGAUCAAAAAAAGAGAUUGCAGAGAUAUUAUGUAAUAUUGGUGUCAAGCUUUCUGAUGAAGAAUUUGAAAAUGUAUGGAAUCUUGCAUCAAAAAAACAUCACAGAGGAGAAGUUUGUGUUGAGACCAUCAGAAAUGUUCUGGAUGAGAUACAACAUGCAGACCGGGUCAAGUGUAAAACAACCAUGUGAUAUUUUUGGAGUUCAUUCAUUUAAACAAAAGAAUUGUUAAAUCCGAAUUCAUCAAAAAUGUUCAGUCCAUUCUGGUUUUAGAUAUUAUGUUAGAAUUCAGCAAUCACUGUAGUAGGACUCCUGUGUCUGUGUUUAUUGCUAAUAAAU